AUAACAGUGUACUGACCUACACAUGUAUAAAUACGCGCGUGCAUUACACAUUGUCAUUACGCUGCAGUAUGGCACGUGAGCUGGUGUGUGCGCUGAUUGCUGCGCUUGCAGGCCAACUCUGUGCGGUUGCGGCUCCCGUGUCUUCGAAUUAUUCCGACUGCAACGAGACCGUGGAGGAUGCAACAAGAAUUCAAUGCACUGCAGAGGAAACGAAUGUGAUGGAAAUGUUCAUUUUGCUAAUGGGGAUACUGUCGGCUCUGUGCAUGGCAUCGUGCCGCGGGGGGGCUGUUGUGAAACAGGACACUACUCUCUCGCACUCCACUAUAGCCCAGCCGCCGAGCUCGGCGUGUGUGGCCGAAGAGGAAGAUAGUGCAAACUAAGCAAAGAUCUUUCUGGAUCCGGGAAGAUGGUCUCGGGCCUAGUGCCCUGGAGGCUGUGGGGAUCAGUAGUGUGUCAUCAGCGCCCAAGGAUGGAUGUCGUUAGAGAGUUGGAGGCAAGAUUAAGUGCGUUUUUGGAGGAGGUUAAGGAGUGCAAGGAGAAGAGAGGAAAGAAACGAAGAAGAAGAGUGCCCAGGUGGGAGAAGCGGGCCAAGGUGGAAGAAUUGAACCUGUGGACACCUCCGCCCCCGCUCCUUUCCCCUCUGCCGGCAAGCCCGGAAACCGUGCCGUACCGACUCAUCGCUCUCGAGCGACAAUACAUUGCGCGGGGGCUCAAACGCUCGAACGAGGAAGAUCCACGCGGUUGGCUGCCUGUCCCACUGCCGCCGUGCCUCUCCCCCCUCCCCCCUUCUCCCCGAAGUGAACCAGAGGAUCAAUUCAUAAGGAAGCAAGGAAGAACAAAGAUGUAGUAUUUGUAAAUUUAUUAAGAAUAAAAGAGUCAUAUAAAAU